UCCUACUCUGAAUUUAAUCAGAUAACCCUCAGUCACACUAAAAGACCUCAGCAUUAGGAUGAGUGUGUUUGUCUCAGUGUGUAUUAAUAAACUCGGUGUAUGCACAGCUGUGACUGCAUGCGAGGAUAUCAUGAUAAAAGUGUUCCACCAGCCAGUAGCAGCUUGUAUUUUCUCACCAGCACAGAGAUCGUACUGAAUCAUCUGAGGCCUUGAAUCAAACUAUCAAACAAAAACACUUGUUGUUUUUCCCAUUCGUUCAGCCGGCUGGAGUUUGAAGACUAUAUAAGACGGGCCAACUGUACCACUGUACCUUUGUGAAGACGUGUAACUGGACAAUGAGGGUUGUUGUUGGUUUGCUGCUGUUGCUGCUCGGUCUGUGUGGGUCAGGGGCUCAGGGGGAUGGUGGAGGCCUCGGCGAGGUGGGUGAGAUCAGAGAGUUUCAGGAGACGGCUCCAAGAGAUGCAGUUGAGGAAUUGACAGAGCAGACCACAAAGCCAACCACCCCUGACAUCUGGGCGGAGGUGAGGGCGGUGAGAGACAUGGUAGUGAAGCUCGAGUUGUACGUGGAGCUGCUGCAGAGAGAUAAUUCAGACCUGCAGACCAGACUGAGCAGCAGUGAGAGUGAACUUCUCCUUAGCAAGUCCAGGAUUGACCAGCUGGAGAGAGAAAAUGCAGUCCAAGAAACUAGACUGACGGCCACCGAGAGCAAAACAAGUGACCUAGAAAAAAAGAAUACAGACCUGCAGACCAGACUGAGCAGCAGUGAGAGUGAACUUGUCCUUAGCAAGUCCAGGAUUGACCAGCUGGAGAGAGAAAAUGCAGAGAAACCAAAGGUGGCCUUUUAUACAGCUCUGACUGAUGCAGGAUAUGUUGGACCACAAAACACAGACAUCACACUGAAAUACAGCAAGGUCUUCACCAACAUUGGCAAUGCUUAUAAUCCAGCUACAGGUUUCUUCACUGCACCAGUCAAAGGUGUCUACUAUCUCCAGUUCACUGUAUCUGGUAACCACACAGGUCUUAUGGGUGUAUAUGUGUUCAAGAACAACCAGAGGAUCAUGUAUAAUGUGGAGUGGAAGGAAGAAACACUUUAUAAGUAUUUCACUAACUCUGUUAUCUUGGAGCUGUUAGCAGGAGAUGAGAUUCACCUGGUGCUCCCGUCAACCUAUUCUCUCUACGACGAUGGAGAUAACCACAACACCUUCAGUGGCUCCCUUCUCUUCCCACUGUAAGGAUGUCGUUUAGGCUGCUGUGUGAUUGACUUGUCACAAACCCUGUUGUUAUUGGCUACACUGUGAUUUACUACAUCAAAUAAUGUGACUCCGAAUCUGACUGCCCUCUUGUGUCAUCACGUGAAAAAUACAUUCAAAUAAAUCAAAGACUC